UUAAAAUUCCGUAUGAAUAACGUUUCAUGCGAAUAGCUAAUACGCAUCUAUAUCUUGAUUCUUAGCUAAAGUUAAUAACCCAUGUUGAUGUUUACAUAUUUCCAAUUUUUUGAUAGUCACAAUGUAUUAUUAAUGUAAUAAGAACGAUUAUGUUUCCUUGAAUGUUUAUUUGCCAUGAAACGUGAAAUCUUAGAUGAAGAAUCUCUGCGAUUACUAUCCUAGUUGCAAGCAUAUGACAGUUUGUGAUUUAUUGUCUUAUUGCAAGGUGUUUCUAUUAGAAUUUUAAUAGUUUAAUUAACUGAGCGGCAUUUACAUUAUUGCAGUGACCAAAAUUUAAAAUUAUUUAAAAUAGGCAUAUUCACAUAAUUAAUUGGAUAUGUCUUGUCAGAUAAAAGGAAUUGCUAAUCUAACCAAUACAAGUAAUAUCAAAGAGUUACUUUUCGGAGAUAUUACUAGGAGACAUGACAUUCCAAAAGACGAGUUACCAUUACAAGACUGUUUUAUAUCAUUAUCAUCGGCUGGAGAUGUUCUUGCUAUGGCAAAUAAUACAAAGAUGAUUAUAUUAAUUUCAAGAUGGGAUUCGUCAGAACAAGAUGAAGCAAAAAAUAAAUUUCACAUGAUAUGGUAUGGUGAAGUUGCCCAGGAAGAUAAUGAAUGGAUAACGUCUGUCAUUUGUUUACCAUUAUUGUCAUUGGGAAAAGCUAGUAGUGGCACUAAUCCAGAUUGGACAUGUAUUAUAGUUGGUUUUAAUACUGGUUUUAUUAGAUUUUAUACAGAAACAGGUGCAUUAUUGUUAGGGGAACAAUUGCACAGUGAACCAGUUGUGGGGUUAAAAUGUCAAUCUUUUCGUGCCCCUAAACACAUAGGUGAUAGUGGUUUGGCUGAAGAAAUUUAUGUGACAUAUAAUAGUGUUAUAUGUGUAUUACAAGGUUUUCCUUUAUUUUCUACACUAAGAGCAUGUAGAAAUCAUUUAGCUAGAGUUCAAGCAAACUGUGAUGAUCUACCACCUAUUACAAAUUUAUCGUAUAAGAAGUGGGGCUAUAAAAGCCAAGAUAUUGUAAAUGAUUCAGAAGUAAUUGGUACCACUUCUGUAAAUAGUUUUGAUCAUUUAAUGACAGCUUCAAUUUGUGGUGGAUAUAAUGCGUCUUACAGAUCUAGCGCACCACAACAUAAUUUGGUUCUUGCAACUGGUAAACGACCAUUUGUUGGUUUUCAUUAUGCAUUAGAAGGUGGCUCAGCUCCGGUUCUAUCAGAUGUUGCAAUAGCAAUGGCCAGCAAAUUAGCAAAUGCUAUUGGAACUGCUGUUCCUUGGUUUCCUCUUAAUUGGGGAAAUUCGAAACAUCAGGCAUCACUCGAAGCAUCGAAAACUAAUGCUCAUGAACCAGUUGAACCAAUGACUUGUAGGUUUGGAUUAAGUGAUGUUAUGAGAGAGGGUUACUCAAUAAUAUCCAGUCCAAAUAAAGCAUUGUCAGUAAUAUUAGAUGCAAUGGGUAGAGUAUUAUUAGUAGAUAAUAGAUCUUGCAUAGCCACAAGAAUGUGGAAAGGUUAUAGAGAUGCACAAUGUGGUUGGAUUGAAGUGGAAGAGGAGAAACAUUCUGGAAUGCACAAAGCGUUUACUAAAUUUAAACAAACUCCGCAAUUGCGUUCUGCUUUCUUUUUAGUCAUUUACGCCCCCAAAAAGGGUGUAAUAGAUAUAUGGAGUACUCAACAAGGUCCUAAAAUUACUACAUUUACCGCUAGUAAACAUGGUCGAUUACUCUAUAUCAAUUACGGUCUUCUUGGUGUGAAUGAUAAUGUACAUUUAUCCAAAAAUAAGCCACAAUAUUCGUGUGUUUUUAUGGAUCCACUUGGAGGGUUGAAAGAAAUUACAGUACCAUUUCAUUUCGCUCUUAGUAGUAAAAAUGGAAAAAGAGCGCGUGAUAUACAUUUACUUAAAAAAUUGAAAACAUUUUUAAGAGAAGAAGAUUAUGAAUAUGAUAAAUUAAUAUCAGAAAUUGAAAGUGUGUGUUCAGAUUUGAAGAGUAAUGAAAUAAAAGUACAAACAUUAGAAAUGUUAAUGUCAAAUAAAAAUAUUAUUCCUGAUGCUUUACUCGCUGCAACAAAUUGUUUUAUUAAAAGACUAGAUGAAUAUGAAAAGGAAGAAAUGGAACCUACAACAAAAAUACUUUAUUUAUUAGCAACACAGUUGCAACAAGUAAUUAAUUUUUAUAAACAUAUUAAAUCUCAGUUUGAUACUCCAGAACAUAAUGCUUCUAUAAAUGAUGAUAAAAGUUUAACUUCAACUUUACUAACUACUGAAAAAGAAGUGCAUAGAAUUUUUGAAUUGUUUGAUAAAAUAAAUAGUUAUACGCGUUCAGAUUCUAAGACAGAAUGUAAAGUAAAAUUUGUAGAAAAUGGCAGAAUAUUUUUAGAUUUUUUAUCUUGUUUUGAGUUUGGAACAUCAGGAUUUAUAGAUAUUAAAAAAGAUAUAAAAGCAGAAAAAGAACAUUACAUCUCUGAAUUAAUGUACGAAGGUUGUGUACAUUCGUAUGAUAGAAUUGAGAAAUGGAAAGACGCUGCUAAGAGUAGUAAUAUUCAACCAUUCGUUUUUAUGAAAUUUGCCUUAAUUUACUGGCUUAAUAAGAAACGAGAUAUAUGUUUAGAAAUAGAAUUAAAGCAAUUUACACAACUCUUAAGUGCUAUUUGUUCAAUAGCCAAUGUUGAAGAAAUAUGUGCAGAAUAUAAUGAAAUAUCUUUAUGGUGGAAAAAGGUUCGUAAUAUUCUCUUGGACUCAACAAAUCCAUUUAAUGCACUUACUGCAGCUUUGAUGUGCAGAGCUGUUGCUAUGUCUAUAGAAAGGUACAAAGAAAAGUGUAAUAACAAAACUGAGGACAAUAAUGAUCAAGAAGAAAAAGAUGUUGAAAAUAAAAAUGAUUUGGAAGAGGGAAAACAUCAAGAUUCUGUAAACAAUUCAAAAUCAAAUGAUGAAAUAUAUAAUUUAACAAAUGAAUGGGAAAAUAUUACUAAAGAUACUUGCCAAUUUACAUUACUUAUUGGAAAUCUUGAGGAUAUUACAAUUUUAGAUGCUAUUGUAAGUCAACAACUUCCAUCAGAUACAAUGCAAUUUUUUGCAUUACCAUUUGUAAAAUUUGAUAUAUCAUUAGGAUCUGUCCUGUCAAGAGGAAAAGGUUCUGUAUCAGAGAUAGUUGCAAAAUGGAUUACUUCUACCGGUAUCGAUCCUUCUCAAUUAAUAGAUACAACAGAUACGGAAUUCGAUCAUAUACGAUCAACAAGUGAUUCUUUAGAAAUAGCAAAUUCUUCAGACGAAAUUUGUAAUGUCGAUGAUAUUUCACAACCUAAUUUAGAAAAGCCUUUUUCAGAAACUCUUGUUACAAAAAAUGAAGAUAAAGAUAGUACAAAUGCUACUAUUUUAUGUAUUUUAGAAAGAAUUAAAUUAUUGAAAAAUCAUUUUCCAUAUAGUUUAACGACUAGUGUCCUACUAGCCAAUAUUUGUUGGGAAUUUGCAAUGUCAUGGAAUAAAGAUAUUUCACAAUUGAAGUCUCUUGAAGCUGCAUUAUCUGUUUUACAACUGAUACCAAUGAAACGUAUGAGGCACGGUGUAUGUUGUUUAUUAUGGUCAGUUCAUAUAAAAAAGCGAAUGGAAGCAAUUGCAAAAUUAAUUAAUAAGCUUGGCAAACUACCAAAAGAAAGAUUGUGUACACAGGAAAUCGGUUUAUCUGAUAUUCAAGCAGUUGUAUUUUUACAAAAUAGUGUUACAUUUUUAGAAAUUUUCAUUGAUUCUGAAAUACUCGAAGUAGGAGAGAAUAUUUUAUUUAAGUCAGAAGAAUUAUGGGAAGGAUGCACUUCUGGUCCACAACCAUUUGCUGCAUUAGCUAUUUCUCAAGCACCCGCUUGGUAUGAUCUAAUAAUGUUACAUUUACAAUUAGCUAAUGUCUUAUACAUGAUGGCACAUUUUAAUUUGAAACUUGUAAAACCAUUAAAUAAUUUAUUUGACUCUGUGGUGCAGCCAUAUUUCUUUCAAUCAAUGGCAGACAAAGUAAUGCUUACAUGGUAUAGAGACGAUAAAAGAGAUAAUGUAAGAACCAUAUUUUUAUGCCGAGUAAUUAACGCAUCGAUGGAUUUUAUUCAUCAAGAAACAACAGAUGGUAAAAUGAGUAGUUCGAUGCAAGCUAUUCAAUGGAUGAGCAAAUGUCAAACAUUAGCAUCUAUUUGGAAAAUUAAUAAUGAUGAAUUAAGGAUACAUCAAGUUUGUCAAUUAUACGUGAUUGGUUUUGAUCGCUUAGCAGAAGAAGUUGUUACUGCCGUAAAUGAUGUUGAAAAAUUAGCAGAAAAUCUUUUGCCAAUUGCUGGAAGAAGAAUGAUGGCAUAUCUUUCAAAAUCGCCUGAUGUCUUAGAGGAAGUUUCUCGGAUAAGUCCUGCUCUUACUAAAUAUUUAGAAAGUCUCGAUGUGCCGGAUAUAAUUUAUACAAAUUGUUCAAAUGAUGACACUAUUGAAUUGAUACGACGAAUUUCAAGACAUUUGCCUGAAACACAUUCUAAUUAUCAUCUCGCGCAAUUGUUGUUAGACGCGGUCUUUAUUUACGAAGGAACAACAUGAUAUUCAGACAUUUAAGUAAAACUAAAUUGUUAUAGGGAAUAAGUUUAAUAAAUUUAUUUGUGCUUUCUGUUUUUAAUUCAUUGUAUUGAAUCUGAAUAUAAAAUAUAUUUGACAUAUAUCAUUAAAAUCCAUCAUAUCAGAGAUACUUGAAACAGUUGAUCACAACGAACUGUGACAUAAAUGUGUGUGUAUGUUUAUAUGUCACAUAUAAUGAAUUAAAGAAAAAAUAUUCUAUAA